AUGCACCAACACAACGUAUACGUGCAGAUAAUAACAAAUGGUGCACCAAUCGUGAAGGAGAAUCGGAUGGACGAGGGAGAUCUACAGCUGUAUGUGAGCGUUGCUGCGUACCUGAGAGACGUCAUAUACGCAUUCAAAGAGGAAUGGGAGGGUGAAGGAUAUAAACCCAAAUUUCGUUCGGCUCGCUUGGAGUUCCACAUGGCAAUGGUACUGACAGGUGGGAUGUUCACCGACAGGAAUGUGCAGAAGGUGCAAAAGAAGUUCAAUGUCACAUGGAAUCACUUCGUGGAGCGCGUGGAGGUGACUGACGUCCUGAAGCAUUUAUCAAAGAUAGGGAGGCUUCAUGGACGGCGAAGAAAGAGGCUGCUCAGCCUACAAGCAAAAAAAGACAGAAAACGCGCACAAAAGGGAAAGUUUAAGGAGCGCAUUCAUAAUGCACCGGGGGAUCCCGCAGAGAUCACACCAAGUCGUAAUCUGCACGGUAACACUUCAGAAAUUGUGCAUGUAGCCGGAGAUACGCGAAAAGCACCAGCAAACCACGUAGGGAAUGUACGAGCUCAGAAAAGAGGUCGCUCGAGGAAAAAUCAGCAGGCGACCGUCGAGAUGGCAGAAGGAACACAUGUUGAUGCUGGGAAGAGCCUCAUAAGGCACAGUGAUGUCUCGGAGCCGCUCCAACUAUUUUAUGAGGCUCAAGCCCACAGGAAGGAUUUGAUGGGAAGAGGCUUGGUAGAAGGCGAUGCACUUCUCGUCAGCACAAACCUGGUUUCCUGGAUGAUAGAACGAUAUCGCAUCCUCGUUGGAAUUCCACUGAAUGCGUACCUCGGCGGACAGCUCAUCCCACAAUCACCAGAUGAGUACAGCCACCUGACAGAGGAUGACUACUUGGAGGCGCUAGGCAUAGAACGCCUAUAUGCAGCAUUAGUAAACAUGGAGGAGAGCCCUGAUCAUCUGAACCAUCUCGCACAUGUACUGGGGAGGGCCGUCAAAGGAACUAACACACUGUCUGAUUCGAAACCAAACACACAGUCCCUGGACCCCCUGCCACCCACGAUGUUGCCCAUCCCAAUACCCCCACAUUGGAACAGGGGACUUACGAGACCUACGAAUAAUAAUGUGGAACCUGACGGCUCGAACGAAUCGACGCAUACGGGCGAUCGUGAUGAAUCCGUAUCCGACAACGUGUAUACUGCGAAGACAGCCGCUGUUCGCGACGGGACAGGCGAUAGAAAGUGUUCAAAGCCUCUGAACCCAACGUCAGGCUUGUCAGCCGCAGCUAAUAAAACUCCCUGUGUGAGGUCGCCUCGUGUUAUAGACCUCCUCCAAUUGAAGCGGCUGAGGAAGGCCCGGUGGUCCAAGAUCAGGGCGAGGCAUCCACCACUUAAAAAUAUGUCGAGAAACCCGACAUCCAUGAUAACGCGACGGGAUUACUUCCUGCUGCGACUUUGGUAUGAUUAUCCAAUAAUGCACGGGGUCCGAAUGUCUGAUUUAUCCAGCCUUGCCAGUACAGUGCUGAACCUGAAUAUUUUGCAUGUUUGUGAGAAAGAUGAUGAUUGCGGUGCUAAUCACAUAUGGUAG